AUGGCUUUUAAAAAUAAGAGAAUUGUGGCCAGUUGGGUUCCUCCUCCUUCAGGUCAUUUCAAACUCCAUUUUGAUGGUGCUUCUAGGGGGAAUCCUGGUAUGUCUAGAGCUGGGAUGGCCAUUUUUGAUCAUAAUGCAGUCCUAAUUGCUGCUCAAUGUCAUGCUCUUGGGUCUCAAUCAAACAAUUUUGCUGAAUGUCAAGCUUUGUCACUUGGGAUUGAUUUGGCUAUUUCCCUUGGGAUCAAACAUCUUUCCAUCCAAGGGGAUUCAAUGGUUGUUAUUCAAAGUGUGUUGAACUGCAAAAGUAAUUGUUGGCAUUUAAAGCCCUUAAUUGAUCACAUUUUGGAGAAAUUAUCCUUCUUUGAUACUUAUGUAUUAUCUCAUUGUUUUCGAGAGACAAAUAAACUGGCAGAUUUUCUAGCUAAUUUGGCUAUUGACUCAGCUGCUAUUCAUAAUAAUGUAGCUAUUGGCGACAUUCCUCAUGUCCUCCUCUCCGGGUAUAUGCCACAUCCCAAAGAUUAA